AUUUGUGUUAUAUGUUUGUGUAGUCAUUAGAAGAUUUUUUUUUUAGUCAUUUGUAAAAAAGGGUAUAUAUAAAAAUGCACUUUGUGUUUAUCGCUGAAAUAAUAAUAACAUGGAUCCAAUUCUUGUUGGUGCUCCAUUUUGAAAGGAGUAAAGUUCACACACGAAAGAAAGAACGAAAAAAAAUAAAACAUUCCAAAAUGUCUGGGGAACAGUUGUGGGAAGACAGAGAUGUCAGAUUUGACAUUAGUCCAAUCCAAAUGCGGAUGAGGCCAGGUGAGAAAGUGAUUGAUCGCCUGGAUGCUGUAGAGGACACCAAAGGAAACAAUGGAGAUCGAGGUAGACUAAUAGUGACAAAUCUUCGAAUCAUCUGGCAUUCCCUUUCCCUGUUAAGAGUGAAUUUGUCAAUUGGAUUGAACUGUGUUAUCAAUAUCUCAACAAAAACUGCCCAAUCGAAACUGAAAGGAAAUUCUGAAGCUCUGUAUGUUCUGACAAAAUGUUCAGCAACCAGAUUUGAAUUUAUCUUCACUAACCUGAUUUCAGGCACACCUCGGCUGUUUACCUCCAUAAUAUCGGUUCACAGAGCGUACGAAACGUCUAAACUAUACCGAGACCUGAAGCUGCGUGGUGCUUUGGUUCAUAACAAGAAUCUGCGACUUCUCCCCCUGGAGGAGAUCUACGACAAGGUGAAUGGAGUCUGGAAUCUCUCCAGUGACCAGGGUAACCUGGGAACGUUCUAUAUCACCAAUGUGCGCCUUGUUUGGCAUGCUAACAUCAAUGAAUCAUUCAAUGUCAGCAUCCCAUAUUUACAGAUGAAAACGAUUAAGAUCCGAGAUUCAAAGUUUGGACUGGCGUUUGUUGUGGAAACAUCAACUCUUAGUGGAGGAUAUGUCCUGGGAUUCCGAAUAGAUCCUCCGGAAAAGUUGAAAGAGAUUGCCAAAGAAAUCCAGAAUCUUAAUCGUAUUUACAGUUCCUGUCCAAUAUUUGGGGUCGAGUUUGAGAUGGAGGACAAACCUCAGUCAAUAGAGGAGUUGACUGUGGAGCGGGUGACGGACGAUAUCGAGAUAGAAAACGACGGACAGACGGACGCUUUUGCUGCAUAUUUUGCUGAUGGUAAUAAAGAAAGAGACCGAGAUCCAGUGUAUUCAGAAGAACUUGGUUUGGCCAUAGAGAAACUCAAAGACGGUUUUACUCUUUCUGGACUGUGGGAAGUGCUGUCCUCAUGAUAAACAAUCAAUUAUUCAUACACUUGAUCUGGGACCAUUAGAUUCACAAGAACAGUAGUAGUUGUACCACAGAUUUAGUUUGUUAAGACUGUUGGACGUUCUUUUUUUAUUUUUAUGUCAGAUGAACUAAGAAAAAGAAAAACAUGAUUAGAAUUAUCCUGCUUUUGUUUUUGGUUUUUGUUACUGGCAUUUGUAAAGACUAUCAGAAAAUUCUGACUGCCAAGUUAAAAAAUAUAAUGCAAGUCCAAUAGGUGACCAUUUAAACUUGAUUGUGGAAAUAAAGUAUUCAUCAACCAUCAGCAUUGUGGUGAUAAUUAUGUGCACAUUACACGUUUCUAAAUUGUUAUUCAGUUCAUUAUUUUCAGUUUAUAUUUUAGAGUUUUUGGUUUUAACAAAAUUGUUUAUAAUGAUAGGAAUACAAAAAAUAUUAAACAAAAGUGUUUUCAUUUCAUUUGAUGGAACAUAUUUCUCUCAAUUCCAUGACAGCUAAGAUGAUUCUGGUUUUGUAUAUAUGCAUAGUGUUUCUGGUUGAUGUGCUUUCUUGUUUUAUUAGUAUGGUAUGAUAUGUAUUCCAGCUGGUUUUGUGUGCCAAAACGGAUUUCAUUGGCCAACUUUAUCCAUUAAGGACUAUGUACCUUUAACCGAUGGGAUUUAUUGAGUUUGUUUCCAGCACAUAGUAUUUUUAAAUUAGUGGAAUUGUUUGAACCAAGUCUAAAUUAUGAAUCACAAAUUCUUCUAAAAUGAAGUUCAUUAUUUAUUCCAAAUGGCUACCAAUACUUCUGAUAAAUAAUUAAGAAUAAUUUCUACCAUGUAUCUCUCCCAUUAAUAUAAAAAAGUAAUGCUAUUUCCACAAUAAAACAGCUCUCAGUUGUCGGUGAGUAAAGAUAUUUUAGCAAAAAAAAGAUUUGAGAAUGGUGGCCAUUUUACAGUCCAAGAUGGUGUCUGAAAAUGCAGAUUAAAAAAAUUGUACCUAAAAUUUUGCUUUCAGCAAAGUGAGACAACUAAAUCCGUUUUGGCACAAGAUAUCAUACUGUACUAUAUUGUUGAGGCAGUUUUUAUUAUUAUUGUAAGUUACAUGUUGUUUUAGAGUAACAUAUUGUGGCAUCAGCUGUAUAAUUUGAACAGUAAAUUGAAAAGGAAAUAUAUUUGUGGAAUAUUGAUAAGAAGUCUAAAUCAUUAAAUUUAUAUAUUGACACAACUAACAAAAUGUAGCAUUUGUAUACAGAUUCGUCAACUGUGAUUUUAUGUACUUUGUUCAGUGUAAUAUAUAUGAUUCCGUCCAUUAAAACAAUUUGCAAGUGUCAA